GAAGGCUUUAAAAUCACAUAGAGACGUCAUACGCAGUCUAAAACACCUGUCCUUAUUUUAAAAACUACUCUUAUAACUUCAGAUAAAUGAUAGUCAGAAUACUACUUUUUUAUAGGCUGUUCUAGUAUGGCGGAUUAUACCAAUAUAAACAUACGUGAAACUCACUGAAAAUGAACGACUUAAAGGACAUCUUAUACCAGGAGUGCAUUUGACACGAGCUGAAGAAGAACUGAAGUGAUUCGAUUGUGGACAAUAACGUCGAUCGUUUAUUUAGUUGCUCUGGGACAGUCUAAUAAUGAUGGAUCAUGACACUCAGUGGCUGUACCAGCUCCUCGCUGAAGUGCAGCUAGAGAGAUUCUACCUAAGGAUGCGAGAUGGACUCAACGUGACACGAAUUGAACACCUGAACUACGUUAAAGAAGCAGAUCUUGAACAGAUUGGCAUUAGUAAACCAGGACAACGACGAUUAUGGGUAGCCGUCAAACGUUACAAAAACAACAUGCGACCAAGGUCGUGGAUGACGAAGCCCUUCAAUGCUCGCACCCCUGAGGGAAGUGAGCAGCAUAAUGUUGUUGGGUCAGGCCAGGGGCCAGAGGCAGGCCGCACGUUCCCCUGUCUUAUCCAGAACAGUGAACUGAUCUUUGGGGACAGGCUAGGCUCAGGUUCAUUUGGGGUAGUUAGGAAAGCAGAAUGGCACACACCGACUGGACGAGUGUUGCCUGUAGCAGUGAAAACCUUGAGGAGUGGAUCGUGCAGACAGGACAACAUGGUGACUGAGUUCCUCCAGGAAGUUAAUAUUAUGCAGUCUCUGGACCACCCAAACAUUAUACACCUCUAUGGUGUUGUCCUUACUCAUCCUCUUAAAAUGGUGACAGAGCUGGCUCCCCUUGGUUCUUUAUACGACACUCUGCGUAUACGGCAGGGAGAAUAUCCUCUUUCACGACUCUGGCUCUUCAGCACACAGAUUGCUGUAGGUAUGGAGUACCUAGAGUCCAGACGCUUCAUCCACAGAGACCUUGCCGCCCGGAAUGUGUUCUUGGCUGCUAGAGAGCAAGUGAAGAUUGGAGACUUUGGACUAAUGAGAGGCUUGAAUCUGAACAAAGACCCCUAUAUCAUGACGCCACACAAACGCAUCCCCUUCGCAUGGUGUGCUCCUGAGAGUUUGCGUGUGGGUUCUUUCUCUCAUGCUUCAGAUGUCUGGAUGUUUGGUGUCACAUUGUGGGAAAUGUUCACUUACUGUGAGGAGCCCUGGUUGGGACUGUCUAGCAGACAGAUUAUGUGUCGUGUAGAGCGGGAAGGUGAGCGGUUGGAGAGACCUCCAGACUGUCCGCAGGAGUUGUACUCUGUAAUGCGCAAAUGUUGGGCCUGCAGUCCUGCUGACCGACCGACCUUCUCACAGCUCACCACCAUGGUAGCGGAUGCACAGCCAAUGGAGGUUCGUGCCGUGAAAGAUCUCAUAGAUCCCAGAAAACUCUGUCUACAGGCGAAUGAUCUAGUGACUGUAAUAGACCAUGGGCUGGAAAUUUGUGAGUGGAAGGGGCAAAACCAGAGAACUCUAAGUGUUGGCUGGUUCCCCCCUGUGUUAGCUGCCCCUGCUCUCACAGCAGCAGCUCCUGUGUCUGGUCCGACACGCAGCUGCCCCCCCCCAGAACGACCAGAUGACUCCAGACGUUGGAGGAUUCCAUUAGCAAGAGAUAAGGCAUGCUCAAAUCUGAAGAAAAUGUCAGGCAUAUCGAUAAGCCUGGAGUCCAUCCUUGAUGUUUCACAGGACAAAGGUCAAGGUGGUGGUGGGAAUGGAGCUCAGAGCCCUGACCCGCGCAGACUCAUGCAGAGUAAUUUGAUGAGAGAUCCCCGCAGGUUUAGUGAUGCUGUUGUCAUCCCACCUCCACGCCCACCACCCCCCAGCAUCAAAUGCAUCAGCCCACCAACCAGCAGCUUCAAACCCCAGAUGAUGUUCCAUGAUCGGAGAACAGCAAAUCCAGCUGGCUGGACCCCUCAAACUCAUCCACAGCUACAGACACAGUUCCAAUUCCAACCACAGCAGCAGUGUUUAGGGACUAACAACCUUGUCAGGAUGGCACAUCUGGCCAAGUCAAGCCCUCAGUUAGAUGAUGGCCUUGAGAAAGAGAAGGAGAGAGAGAAGGAGCAAGAGAAAGAAAGAGAGCGGGACAAGGGAAGGGAGAGGUAUCCACCACAAGUAAACAAGGAAGCAGUCAUAGCGCAGGUUCAGGAGGCGGUGCAUGGAGUGACCAUUGAGGAGGCUCAGAGAGCUCUGCAUCGUAAUGACUGGAAUCCUGCACGGGCGGAACAACAGCUUAAAACAGACCAGCUCUAUUACAUGAAUCAGUGCUCUCGUGAGGAAUGUCAAAAAAUCCUCGCCCGCUACAACUGGGACCUGCAUGUGGCAAGCCGUUACGUCUUCCGACUGGUUAAAGACAGAGAAAGAACUGCAGUGGAUAGACGAGGAGAAAGAAUUUAACGCAAGACAAUGUCAAGCGUUAAGAUUGUUC